GGGGCAUUAUGGGCGAUGUAGUUUAUUCAGUCGCGCUCUUUCAAUACAAACCGACGCAUCACGUGUGCUAGUUGGGCAGUUGCCGCCGGAAGCGAGGCAAUCAACUUCUGCCAACCGCUCUCGCGAUAUUUCCAUGAUUUGCGGAAAAGCGCACCAUAAAUGCGUAAUCUGGCGUGGUGCAUUGUGGGUCAUGUAGUCUAUUUAUUGGACCUUUAAUGCAAACUGAUACAACACGUCUGGUUGUUGAACUACAAACAAGGCUGACGUUGUGCGGGACCCUAAGGUCACAGUUCAAUUGUGGCUACACGCACACGUGCAUUUACCUUUUUAGCACGCGCCCCAGCAAAUACAGUUUGGAAGACUUUUAUGUGAUCUUUCAACAUUAAAAUGCCUCGAGAUGUUUCAUCCUCGUCGAGCGAGGACGAAGCGGAUAACCCGCCCGCGGAACCGUCGUUAGGGCAAAAGGAAAGCGAAAAGAGCAGCAAGUAUCAGUGUCCCGAUGACUUCGUGUGCUUCGACCACCAGCCUUGCCGCAGCACGCUGACUGAGCGCUUGAAGAGAAAAAAGAGCGAACUUUGGCUUAUUAAAGCCCCUGCCAACUUUGAUCCACGAUGUUUACAAGGAGCGAGCGUGAAUCUUUCCGGCUUUCAGACGCUGAAGCUUCCUUCUGCCGCGGACGCAGGAGAACGCCACGGCCAACAUGUCUACAACAUCCUGGCAUCCAGUCACUGCACCAAUGAUCUCCGCUUGCUCACCACAGAUUCGUCAUCGCCGGCGGUGGGGCCCGCCUUCUCUGGCAUACUGAGUGUGAGUGAAAGCUACGGGGGCGUCCAGAUGCCGCCCUGCGUCGUCCACGCCUCGCCCGCGCCGGCCAUCCCGGACGGACUCAAACAGAGAUUCCAGCCCUUCGGAAGCAAGACGCCUACCACAUCGCAGGAGACACAGGUUGAGGACGGGAAGAGAAAGAAGAAGAAAAAGAGAGACAGGAAAAUUAAAAUAGAGGAACAGGAGGAAGAAGUGAUGAUCAAACAGGAAGUUGAGGAACCUGCCCAGGAACAUACCGAGGGAAAAAGCAGGAAGAGGAGGAAAAAGGACACGGAAGAGGUGGCAAUUACGGAAGUGAAGAGGGAAGUGGAUGUGAACGCUUUGUACAAAGAGGACGGCUUGGCGAAGAAGAAGAAGAAAAAGAAGAAAAAAAGCAAAACAUCUGAUGACUAAAUGUCAUCAGCUCAGACUGAACUUUGAUUGUGCUUUUUUUUAUUAAACAGAAGAGUCCAAAACAAACAUUUAUUCUCCAUCAUGAUGUCAUGCUACACCCUGGACUGGUUGCCAGCUCGUCUAGAUUAUCGGUUGCAUAAUCAAGCGUUUGCUAACAUUUAUGUUUAGGAACGUGCAAACUCUGUACAGGAAUUGAACCAAGAACCUCUUGACUGUGAUGUACACAUACGAACAAGUUGUCCUCUGUGAUGCCACAAAAGAAAUAUAAUAAGUGUGUAUUUUCAUAUCUUUGUGUACUUUUUUUUAGCCCACAUAUGCGUUAGUUUUAAAAUCCUCAAGCACAUCUCAAUUCAUUCUUAGCAUGACCAGCAGGUGGCGCCAGAAUCCACCUUUUCCUCCAGGUGGCGCUACAGCUUCAGUGUGUGCUUCUUGUGUGUUUUCAUGUGUUAAGAGAGUAUUGGGCCUUGUCUUUGCACCAGUGUGUGGUCCUGACUCCUGAAAAGCUCCAGCAUCUGCUCAUGCGGAGACCGAGAUCGUUAUAAAUGGACAUGGCACAUAUUUUUGAGAUUUUGUUGGAUUGCUACCAAAUUUGAACCGUUACAAAAGCUGGGCUGACUCGCCAUCAAACAUGAAUGACUUAAAUAUU